AUGAUUGCUCGUUUUAGAAUUCCCUUAGCACGCGAAAUCACCCCGGUCAUCGGCUCAGCGGCUAGUCUAUCGCCUUACAGAUAUACUACCAUGGCACAUCCCGCGGUUGCCCAGUCGGUGCCAAUUGUUCCCGACUCCGUCAAUGGACAUGAGAGCAUACGAUACCCCGAACACCCGUCUCUGGCUAUACCCCAGAGCGAGGAUGACGCCGAGAUCCGUCAGAAAUACCGCCCCUUCAUUCUCGACGACGCGGCCGAGGACUGGGUUAGUGCCUUGGAGUUGACAACUGCCAUGGACUUGGCAGCGCAGGAACUGCAAAAACCAAGCAACCGACUGAAGGUGCUGGUGUUGUACGGUAGCCUACGUCGACGAUCAUACUCUCGCCUGGUGGCGCUAGAAGCCAGCAGGAUUCUCUCCCGUCUGGGGUGUGACGUGCGUGUGUUUAAUCCCGAGGGGUUGCCGGUGAAGAAUGACACCGAGCACGGCCAUCCCAAGGUACAGGAGCUCCGAGAUCUCAGCAAAUGGAGCGACGGGCAUGUUUGGGUAUCCCCCGAACAACAUGGGAAUCUUACCGCCGUCUUCAAAAAUCAGAUCGACUGGAUACCGCUGUCUACCGGGAGUGUGCGUCCAACACAGGGCCGGACCCUCGCUAUUGCGCAGGUGUGCGGAGGCUCGCAAUCGUUCAACGCCGUUAACUCUCUACGUCUUCUCGGCCGGUGGAUGCGUAUGUUUACUAUUCCGAAUCAAUCUUCGAUCCCGAAAGCGUAUACACAAUUCCCCGAUGAAGGUCAACCGGGAGAUCAGAGGCUUAUGCCUAGUGGUAACCGAGACCGACUGGUGGAUUGCAUGGAGGAGUUUGUAAAGUACACUUUUCUCAUGCGGCCUCACUUGGAACUCUUUGGUGAUCGGUUCAGUGAGCGGGAAGAGAAAAGGGCCAAGGAGGAGAAGCUGAGGCUGGCACGAGCGACACAACUUUAG